CUUAUUAUUAAUCAAAUUAAACUUGUCAAGAAACAACAGCCAUAGAGUGAGAAGAGACCACAGGUAGAUUUGACUGCGAUUCUGAUCGUCCGUAAAGUGAGGGGGAGCAGAAAACUCAGAUUGAUAUUUCUGGUCUUUUGAGUGGCGACAAUGAUGCAGGAAAGUUGCGGACUUCAUUAAUUCAGAAUCUGUACCUCAUUUUUUCCACCUUCUAAAUUUGGACAAGCAAGCUGGCGAUAAUGGAAACAAACUUGUUCCAACCGUUGGUGGCAGCAGUAGUUUCAGCUGCAAUCGCUACUAGAUCAUACAGAAAGAAGUCUCUUGACCUUUCUGGAGCUAUUGCUGGCUUUGCUGUCAUGACUAUUCAUAUUGCUGUCAAUUACAGGUUCGGUGCUGUGCUGCUUAUCUUCUUUUUCACAUCUUCAAUGUUCACAAAAUUUGGAGAGGACAAAAAGCGUAAGGUUGAUGCUGAUUUCAAAGAGGGUGGUCAACGCAACUGGAUACAAGUUCUCUUUAACAGUGGCAUUGCGACACUUUUGGUCUUGAUUGCUUGGAAAUUGGUGGGAAGUCAAGAUUAUUGUCUGAACUCAAAAGAAUCAGGUCUUAUGACCUCUCUAAUCGGUGGUAUUAUUGGUCACUAUUGUUGCUGCAAUGGAGACACAUGGUCAUCCGAACUUGGGAUUCUUAGUGAUGAGCAGCCACGACUCAUUACGACCUUCAAGCCUGUUCGAAGGGGUACGAAUGGUGGCGUGACAAAGGCAGGACUUCUAGCAGCUGCAGCAGGAGGCUCCGUAAUUGGACUGACGUUUGUUAUCCUAGGAUUCAUUACCACCAACUGCACUUUCAAUGUAGCCCUGAAGCAACUAUUACUAAUACCAGUUUCAGCUCUCGCCGGGUUGUGUGGAAGUGUUAUAGAUUCUUUACUUGGGGCGACCCUCCAAUACAGUGGUUUCUGCAGUGUCCGAAAUAAGGUUGUUGGAAAACCAGGGCCAACUGUGAAGAGAAUCUCCGGUCUUAGCGUACUGGACAACAAUGCAGUGAAUCUCGUCUCCAUAUUUUUAACGACUGCACUCACUUCCAUCACUUGCUUAUACAUAUUCUGAGAAAUUUGUACUCAAAACAAGUCGUGUUGUCUAAUGGGGAAGGUCGAGAUAAAAUUGCUCCAUCAUUUUCAUGAGAUAUCAAGUCUGUGUUAGGAUCAAAACCCAGAUUCAGACCCAGCCCAUUUGAGUAAUAAAAUGAAAUCUCAAUCGUCUCAUGUUUGUCACAUAA